CUGCGGGACGUCUCUGCCGCUCCCGUUCUCCAGCGCGGCCUCAUCCCCGCCGCACCCCCGCUCUGUGCCUCGGUGAGGCUUCACUAACCCCUCCCGAGCCCUCAGCUCGGGACAGGGCCGGGGAGCAGACACCCGUCACCCCCUCCCGCCAGCAGUGGGAGCUGCCGCGCAUCGGGGAAGAGGUGACCGGCUACUUCCGCCUGGCGGGACCGGACCGCAGCAGCCACCAUGACCGCCACGCUGCGCCCGUACCUGAACGCGGUGCGUGCCACGCUGCAGGCCGCGCUGUGCCUCGAGAACUUCUCCUCGCAGGUGGUGGAGCGGCACAACAAGCCCGAGGUGGAGGUCAGGAGCAGCAAGGAGCUGCUGUUGCAGCCGGUGAUCAUCAGCAGGAACGAGAAGGAGAAGGUGCUCAUCGAGGGCUCCAUUAACUCCGUGCGCGUCAGCAUCGCGGUGAAGCAGGCCGAUGAGAUCGAGAAGAUCUUGUGCCACAAAUUCAUGCGCUUCAUGAUGAUGAGGGCCGAGAACUUCUUCAUCCUGCGCAGGAAGCCUGUGGAGGGCUACGACAUCAGCUUCUUGAUCACAAACUUCCACACGGAGCAGAUGUACAAGCACAAGCUGGUGGAUUUUGUCAUCCACUUCAUGGAGGAAAUCGACAAGGAGAUCAGCGAGAUGAAGCUGUCUGUCAACGCCAGGGCCCGCAUCGUGGCGGAGGAAUUCCUCAAGAACUUCUAGGCCGUGGUGCAGGACCCCGUGGCUCCCCAACGCUUGUGCCUGCUCCCGCUCCCCAUAGAGGAUGGCCGGGCCGGGCCGGGCCCUGCCUGCCCCUCACCGUGCCGGGGGGGCCGUGCCGGGAGCAGCGCCCGCUUGCGGCAGAGCGGCCGCGGCCGUGCCCGUGUCUCGUCGUGUUUUAUAAACGGUCUCGUUUGCUGUA